AUGAGGAAGCUGCUGCCUCUUUGCUGCUGGCACUCCUGGCUGCUGUUAUUUUAUUGUGAUUUUCAGGUGCACGGAGCCGACACCAGGUCACAAGCCCAUCCAGGGUUUGAUGUCUUGGCUUCCGCUUCCCAUUACUGGCCGUUGGAAAGUGUGGAUGGGAUCCACGAACUUCAGGAGACAACUGGAGAUAUUGUAGAAGGAAAGGUCAACAAAGGCAUUUACCUCAAGGAGGAAAAAGGAGUCACAUUUCUCUAUUACGGAAGGUACAAAACUUCUUGCAUCAGUAAUCCAGCACAGUGCGGCCCUGAGGGGGUCACGUUCUCUUUUUUCUGGAAGACGCAAGCAGAACAGUCCAGAACAAGCCCUUUCGCGUUCGGGGGACAGGUCGUUUCCAACGGGUUCAAAGUCUGCUCCAGCGGUGGCAAGGGCUCCGUGGAGCUGUACACGCGUGACAACUCCAUGACGUGGGAGGCCACAUUCAGCCCCCCAGGUCCCUACUGGACUCAUGUCCUAUUUACAUGGAAGUCCAAGGAGGGCCUCAAAGUCUACGUCAACGGGACGCUGACCACCUCAGACCCAAGUGGAAAAGUGUCUCAUGCCUACGGGGAGCCCAAUGUCAACCUCGUGAUAGGGUCUGACGAGCGCCAGCCCAAGCGCUACGAGAACGGCGCUUUUGACGAGUUCAUCAUCUGGGAACGGGCCCUGACGCCGGACGAGAUCGCCAUGUACUUUACAGCUGCCAUUGGAAAGCAUGUUUUGUUGUCCUCAACGCCACCCAGCUUCCUCACGACAGCCACAGCAAACACCAUGGUGCCCAUUGAUGCCUACCAUCCCAUCAUUACCAACUUGACAGAGGAGAGAAGAAACUUCCAGAGUCCUGGAAUUGUUCUGAAUUACCUUCAAAAUAUGUCCCUCAGCUUACCCAAUAAAUCCCUCUCAGAGGAAACAGCAUUAAAUCUCACCAAGACUUUCUUAAAGACCGUGGGAGAGGUUCUCUUUUUGCCCAGUUGGACUGCUGUGUCAGAGGACAGUGCCGUGGUGCUGGGCUUGAUAGACACCGUGGACACCGUCAUGGGCCACAUAUCUUUCAACCUGCAGGCCAGCGAGCCCCAGGUUGCCAUCACGGGUUCCUCAUCCGUGGCAGACUUUUCCAUGGCCAAACUGCUCCCCAAGACCAUGAAUUCCUCCCACUACCGCUUCCCGGCCCAGGGGCAGAACUACAUUGAGAUCCCCCAUGAGGCUUUCCACAGCCAAGCCUGGACCACCGUCGUGGGCCUUCUCUACCGCUCGGUGCACUAUUACUUGAGCAGCAUCCAGCCGGCCAACACCAAGAUUGCUGAGGCAGCAAAUUACAAAAACUGCUUGCUGUCUAUGACCAGCUAUCUGAUUUCCCUGGAGGUCUUCCCGACGCCGAAGCUCUCCCAGAAUUUAUCGGGCUCCCCUCUCAUCACCGUCCAUCUCUGGCACCAUUUGACUCAAAGGCAGUACAUCGAGGCUACCAAUGAGAGCAACCGAAUCUUCCUGUAUUGCGCCUUCCUGGACUUCAGCUCCGGAGAAGGCAUCUGGUCAAACCAGGGCUGCGCUCUCACCGAAGGGAACCUCAGCUACUCUGUCUGCCGCUGCACACACCUCACCAACUUUGCCAUCCUGAUGCAGGUGGUCCCGCUGGAGCUCACGCGCGGACACCAGGUGGCGCUCUCGUCCGUCAGCUACAUCGGCUGCUCGCUGUCCGUGCUCUGCCUGACCAUCACGCUCGUCACCUUCGCAGUGCUAUCCUCGGUCAGCACCAUCCGGAACCAGCGCUACCACAUCCACGCCAACCUGUCCUGUGCCAUCCUGGUGGCCCAGGUCGUGUUGCUCAUCAGCUUCCGCUUCGAGCCGGGCACGACCCCAUGCCAGGUGCUGGCCAUGCUCCUGCAUUACUUUUUCCUGAGCGCCUUUGCGUGGAUGCUGGCGGAAGGGUUGCAUCUCUACAGCAUGGUGAUCAAGGUCUUUGGAUCAGAGGACAGCAAACACCGCUACUACUAUGGGAUAGGAUGGGGUUUUCCUCUUCUGAUCUGUAUCAUUUCAAUAGUCUUUGCCAUGGACAGUUAUGGAACAAGUAAGAAUUGCUGGCUGUCGCUCGGGAAUGGUGCCAUCUGGGCCUUCGUAGCUCCUGCUCUGUUCAUCAUCGUGGUCAACAUGGGCAUCCUCAUCGCGGUGACCAGGGUCAUUUCACAGAUCAGCGCCGACAACUACAAGAUACACGGAGAUCCCAGCGCCUUCAAGUUGACAGCAAAAGCUGUGGCCGUGCUGCUGCCCAUCCUGGGAACCUCGUGGGUCUUUGGCGUGCUUGCUGUCAACAACCAGGCUGUGGUCUUUCAGUACAUGUUUGCCAUACUCAACUCCUUACAGGGAUUUUUCAUCUUCCUUUUUCACUGUCUCCUGAAUUCAGAGGUGAGAGCUGCUUUCAAGCAUAAAACCAAGGUCUGGUCCCUCACGAGCAGCUCCACCCGCCAGGCCAACGUGAAGCCCUUCAACUCGGACAUCGUGAACGGGACCCGGCCUGGUACAGGCUCCACCAAGCUCACCCCUUGGGACAAGAGCAGCCACUCGGGGCACCGCGUGGACCUGUCUGCCGUGUGA